UAUUCUUUCAAGGAUAAAGUGUCCAUUUCAAUGAUCCAUAAGCCAAACCCCAUCAGUUUUUCUGUGAAAGAGGAGCUAAAGGUGGGUCAAAGUGUGUCUGCUUCCUGCUCUGUCCUUCACUCCUGCCCUGCCUCUCCUCCUCUUUUCAACUGGAGUCACACCGGAGAGCUGCAUUUCCAGUCACAGCAGGUUGGUGAUGGCCAGUGGAACAACACAUCGACUCUGACAUUUCGCCCGACCCACACUGACAACAACAAGCCUUUACAAUGUAACGUGACAUACAACGGAGGAUAUAAGGAGCAUGAGUCCAAGACCCUUAAAGUAAAGUAUGCCCCUGUCAAUGUGAAGAUUGAGUACAAGUCAGAUAUAAAGGAAGGAGAAACUGUAAAUCUGACCUGCACUGGUGAUGCUAACCCUCCUGUCAACAGCUAUGAGUGGCAUAAUGAAAACAAUGGGAAGCACUGUCAGGGAAAUCUCUGCAUACUGCCAAAUGUCUCCCGACACACAGGACCCAUGUAUUGUAUUGCCAUCAAUGAAGAGGGACAAGCCAAAUCAAGCCCUGUGCAGCUUAAUGUGUUAUAUGUCCCUGAGAUUAAAACUGAGUCUUUGUGCUCCUUAGAGCACAAAGACUCUACACUCAUAAAAUGUGAGUGUAUUGUGGACUCCAAGCCUUCAAGUGAGGUCCGUUUUUUACUUGCUGACAAAGUUCUGCUGGGUGCCAAAGAAGAGAAAAAUGGUUAUUUUACCAUCAGUGUCCCGGUGGCAGAAUUGCAGUCCUCUACGUUUGUGCAGUGUGUGGCCAACAACACUCAAGGCAGAGCCAAUCUCACCCUACGUUUACCUACUGACGGAAUGAUGCUGAUUAUUUUCAUCUCCACUGGAGCAGGCAUGAUUGUAGUGAUACUUUUGGUAGCAGUGGGGAUUGUUAUAAAAUGCAGGAGGAAGUCAGCAGAUACGCAAGAACUAAAUAGCACCAAGAUGACAGAAAGAGCUCUGGAGCUUCCUCGCUAUGAAACAACAACUAGGAAAGAGAUGUCUGAUGAUGAUCCUUGUUCUGGAAUUUACGCCAAUGUUGAUCCCUAUGACAACGGUGAUUGGGAUGAUGCUAUAUACGGCAAUGUGUAGGACGUGGAAGACCAUCUGCAGUCCCUCUGUGGGUUUUCUGUGUUUGUAAGGGCAGUUUUAAUGAAUCCUUGUAUUUUCAAAUAUAUCAGUAAAACAUUUUUUCUUAUCCUGUAAAUGACAUUUGCUUCAUCUUAUAAAAUGUUGUUCAUGCCCAAUUCUAUCUUUAUUGUACACAUUUGUUUGUAGCUGUUAUUCUUUUGAACAGUAUUCAAUGGAAAAAUGACCAUUAUACUAUUACAAUCUUUAAUCUGGAUAUAUGUUUGUCAUUGUUUGUUAUAUAGUAUCGCCAAGUUACAACAAAUAAUACAAAACUUG